GGGGUUCGGGGGGAGACAAACCCGGGGACAAGUGGAGCAACUUUGACCCAACUGGGCUGGAAAGAGCUGCAAAGGCUGCCAGGGAGCUCGAUAAAUCACGACAUGCCAAGGAAGCGCUGGGGCUGGCUCGCAUGCAGGAGCAGACUUUACAGCUGGAGCAUCAGAGUAAAGUGAAAGAAUAUGAGGCGGCUGUGGAGCAGCUGAAGGGUGAGCAGAUCCACCUCCAGGGCGAGGAGAGACGGAAAACUCUUGCAGAGGAGACGAAGCAACACCAGGCGAGGGCACAAUAUCAAGAUAAACUUGCCAGGCAGAGGUAUGAUGAUCAGCUCAGACAACAGCAAUUUGUCAAUGAGGACAACCUUCGCAAACAAGAGGAGUCUGUUAUGAAGCAAGAGGCCAUGAGGAAAGCUACCAUCGAACAUGAGAUGGAUCUGAGACACAAAAACGACCUGCUUCGCAUUGAAGCGGAGGCCAAAGCCCGAGCUCAGGUGGAGCGGGAUAAUGCAGACCUGAUCAGAGAGCAGAUCCGCCUGAAAGCUGCUGAACACAGACAAACUGUCCUUGAAUCUAUAAAGACGGCCGGGGCGGUGUUUGGGGAAGGAUUCAGGGCCUUCGUCUCUGACUGGGACAAACUCACAGCCACGGUUGCUGGUUUGACACUUUUGGCUGCAGGUGUUUAUUCAGCCAGGAAUGCCACAGGGGUGGCCGGGCGCUACAUCGAGGCUCGUCUGGGCAAACCGUCUCUGGUCCGAGAGACUUCCAGGAUUACUGUGGCUGAGGCCAUCAAGCACCCAGUCAAGACAACAAGGCGCCUGAGAAGCAGACCGCAGGAUGCCUUAGAGGGCGUCGUGCUCAGUGCAGCUCUGGAGGAGCGUGUUAGAGACAUCGCCAUCGCCACUCGUAACACGAGGCAGAACAAAGGCUUGUACAGGAACAUCCUGAUGUAUGGGCCCCCAGGGACGGGAAAAACACUCUUUGCCAAGAAACUGGCUCUCCACUCAGGGAUGGACUAUGCCAUCAUGACAGGUGGGGACGUGGCACCCAUGGGGCGCGAUGGAGUCACUGCCAUGCACAAGGUGUUUGACUGGGCCAGCACCAGCGGCAGAGGCCUCCUGCUCUUUGUGGAUGAAGCUGAUGCGUUCUUGCGUAAGCGAGCCACUGAGAAAAUCAGCGAGGACCUCCGAGCCACGCUGAAUGCAUUCCUAUACCGCACUGGGGAGCAGAGCAACAAGUUCAUGCUGGUUCUCGCCAGUAACCAGCCGGAACAGUUUGACUGGGCCAUUAACGACCGAAUUGAUGAGAUUGUGAACUUUGCCUUACCGGGUCUAGAGGAGAGGGAGAGGCUGGUGCGCCUUUAUUUCGACAAAUUUGUGCUGGGUCCGGCCACUACAGGGAGACAGAGAUUAAAGCUUGCUCAGUUCGACUACGGCCAGAAGUGUUCAGACAUUGCACGGCGAGCAGAAGGCAUGUCUGGCCGUGAAAUCUCUAAGCUUGGUGUGGCCUGGCAGGCUGCUGCAUACUCAUCCGAAGAUGGAGUUCUGACUGAAGCGAUGAUUGAUGCAAGAGUUGAUGAUGCCGUUUUGCAGCAUGCACAGAAAAUGGACUGGCUGCUGAUGGAAGCAGGUGCAGGGGUCGGCAAGGUCGGCGUCCUCGUCCCUAAGGAAACGGCUGCUGCUGCUGCAGCCCAGGAGGCUGCUGCUGCUGCUGCACAUGUGGAAGAGGCAGCGCCAACUAUACAAGAGGUUCUUCCAAUCAUAGAGGCUGUGAGCACUGCUGCACAGGCCGAAGCAGCUGCUGCACCUGCAGAGGCAGAGGUGAUUCUCAAAGAGGCGGCCACUUUGGUUAAAGAAGGGGAAGCUGUAGGAACAGUUGAAACCAUCACUGAGACGGCUGCUGCUGCCCCAUUGUUGCAGGAAGUUGAGGCCAUAAAGGAUGUAGCUGAGGAGGUACAGAGCACAGCUGUAGCUGCAGACGCUGUUGUUCCUGAGGUGAAAGAAAUAAUUUCUGAAGAGGCUGUUCAGGCUUCCACUGUCACAGAAACUGCUGCAGUGAGUAAAGAAGAGCUGCCUUCUGAUGGGGCUAUGCAGGAAAGUGAGGCUGCAGUGUUAGCCAAGGAGGAAAAGGAUGUUGAAACAACUGUCUCUGCUAUUGCUCAGGAGGUAGAGCUUGAAGUCUCUAAAGAUGUUCCAAAGCCAGAGGCUACAGUUGCAGGAAUCUCUCAGGAGACCGUUGUGCAGGAAGCUGAGUCAGCAGCCAAGCCAGCUGAAGGCGUAGAAACUGAAGCCCCUGUGUCUGCUGUAGAAGCCGGAGCUGAUGCUGCAAAGGUGGUAGAGGAAAUUGCAACCAAUGUAGCUCAAGUAACCGAGUCUGUAGCAAACAUAGUAAAGGAUGCUGAAGUUAUAGCAGCUGAUGUGGCCCAGGUGGCUGAAGCAGUAGCAGCUGUCACUGAACAGAUUGAGGCAGCAGUCAUCAAGGAGGUUGAAGCAGCAGAGGGCGAAGUUGCAAAGGUUGCAAGUGAAGUUGUAGUGGAAGCUGGGUCUGAAACAUCAGAAGUUGCUAAAGAGGUUGAAACAGAGGUGACAGAAGUAGCAAAGGAGGCAGAGGUGAUUGCUACAGAAGUUGUCAAGGAUGCUGAAGCUGAAAUAACUGAGAUGGUUACCAAGGAAGCAGAGGUUAUCCCAACAGAGUCUGAAGCCAAAGUGGAAGCUGAGGAGCGUCAGGCAACAGCCAUUGAGGGAACAGCAGAGGGUCAAACUAUAACUGCAGAAACAGCUGCAAAGGAAGCAGAAAUUGUCUCAGCAGAAGCUCCCAAGGAAGCAGAAAUUGUCUCAGCAGAAGCUCCAAAGGAAGCAGAAAUUGUCUCAGCAGAAGCUCCAAAGGAAGAAGAGGUCAUCUCAGCAGAAGCUCCCAGGGAAGCUGAAGAAAUCAUUGCAGCUGAAGCUCCAAAAGAUGCAGAAGUAACAGCAGCAGAGGUGUCCAAGGAAGCAGAAGUUCCCAAGGAAGCAGAAACCCCAGCAGCAGAAGUGCCUAAGGAAGAAGUUGCCCAAGCUGAAGUUUCUAAAGAGGCAGAUACUGUGCCUGCAGAAGAGGGCAAACUGCCAGAGACUACUGAUGUUGCAGCCAAGGAAGCAGAAUCCAAACCAGCACAGUCUACAGAGGAAGCUGAGGCUGUAGUUGAGACCAAGGUCCAAGAGUCCAAGGUUGAAGCAGAGUCUGUCGUGUCAGAAGAGUCAGUGAAACCUGAGAGUCCAGUCACAGAGACAUCGGCUUCAUCUCCAACUCCAGCCACUGAAGAAGCUGAACCAACUGAGAAGCCUGUUUCCGACAAACAGGGCGGAGAAGCAAAACCGCAAGAUAAGCCAACAAAAUAAUUUCUUUGAAUAAAUACUUGAUGCAUAGAUUGUAUAUAAAGAUGGACAAUGUGCCUUAACCUUCUCCUGUUGUACGAAGGUGAAGCCAAAAUACCUCCAUGAAGCAUUUGGAGCCAGAGUCUGUGUAGUAGAUGGGUACUGAAAUCGGAUCACUACUGCUAACAGAGGCAUCCAUCUGAUUUUCUGAUAAAACAGCAAAGAUUGUUAAGGUAGUACAACCUUUAGAAAAUCCUUGUGUCAGUUUAAAGGAGAUUCUCGGUUUUGGAAAGUUCAGUGCCUUUUGUGUUACAGCUUGUCCUAACAGCAGAUAUUAUAACAACAGAUGUUUGCUGCCACAUGACAUCUGUUAAAUAUUUUCAUCUCUGCUCCCUGUCUAGUUUUACAGUAUGAUGUAGUGCUUUUAUUUUGAAGGCACGUCUUUGAAAGGGACAAGCCAUGUAGUUUUGCCUCCAGGGUAACUGGAGUCAGACCACAACACCUCAAUCAUGGAUGUGGACAUUUUUCCCUUACCACUAUCUCAACGCAAGCAAAACAAGCUAACAAUAUCUGUUAAGUGAGGAAAGUGGAAGAAAAUGUAGAAAAUCUUGAUAUGAUAAAUGUUGAUAUCCUUUAUCCCUUUUUCCUCAUUAAUGUCUGUGCAAGUGACCAAAAGGAAACUAGAACCAGGGGGACAGUGCAAAACUUAGCACUUAAGCCCAAGUUCAGCUCAAAGAUGUCAACACGACAAGACUGUUUUAGAGCAUCGCUGGCAAAUGUCACAUCAGUCUAAGCCAAGCCAUUGCAGCUCCAAGCAAGCCGUCUGAUGCUGUUGCCUGCGAUGCAGCUUCUCAAAUCCCAGACAGCUAGUAACAGGACAUUGCAAGCUUAUAAAUAUGAAAAAGGGAAAUGUGAAUCUUGUUUUUACUGUUUAGAACGCACUGGCAUUUAAUAAAGUCAUGUCUUGAAGUAACCCUGCAAACUGGUGACUUUCAGCUAAGUUCCAGAUGGCUGAAAGUCACCAGUUAACACAUGGACCAAUUAAACCAUUACACUGGUUGCAUUAACGCUCUAUGCUGAGAAAAAUGUUGUAGAAACAAGCUUCAGAUGGCAUGUGCUGAAGAUCAGUUACCCCAUUAACAGAUCUGAUGUUACUAUUGAUUAUUGAUCUUAAUAUUUUAAAGUUCUGAUCUCAGAAUUAAUAUUGAAGUAUCCUUUUCAAGUUUUCCAUAUUUGUAGUUUACAUCCCACAUACCAGGUAGUUGUAUAUGGCUUGAGCUCUGUUGUGGCCCUCUAGAGGUAUCUUCCAAUAACAUGUGUUUAAUGUAGGCAAGUAUGUUUACAAGAAAGCUCAUGAUGCUGCCAGACAUAUUUGCAAGGUGAGCUAGCAUAUAAUAUCUCUGGCCUGUGUAAUGGGAAACAAAAUUAUUGAACUGGUUUAAUCACUGAGACUUGCUCUUGUCAUCCUGCUUCCAUUCACUUUUUCUCCUCCAUUCUGCUAUUUUGGUGCCCACAGUGCCACAAGAACCACAUUUAUUAACUGAGCGGUCAAUCGUGGUCUCUUAUAUUCUUAUUAUAACAUCAUAUAAUAAGAAAAUAAAAAGAAACUUCCCAGAAAAAGAAGAUGUUGACUGUUGACAUAUCAGUGUGUACAUGUCAUGACAAGGAAUCUGGUUUUUAUUUUUAGGUGUGGUUUAUGCCUAGUACUCUAGUCAGUCAGUAGAGGGAGCUCCAAAUGUUUUGGCUUCACUUAUGAUACAUUGUUAUAUUGUCCAUUCUUUAUGCAGUCUAUGAUUUGAUGAAACACCACUGUAAAUGAAGCUGUUCUUUUUCUUCAACACUUGAACCUCAAGUCAAAAACAUUCACUUUGGAUUCUAUGUACUUUUCUAUCAGUCUGCUUGUAAUUUAAGAUCUGUAAAUGCCAACAUUAAGGUGACAGUGUGAUAUUGGGCUGUAGAUUUGCAUGACUCUGAAUUAAAGUAUGU